AUGAUAUUUUUCUUUUCUAGGAGAACCGCUGUACACCCGGACGUUGAUAUUAUCUUCGAUAUAAAACUGUGGUGGUGGUGUACCGAGCGGCAGCUAACCACGGACCGAUGGCGGACCCGCCCACGGGAGCGCGAACCCCCUCCCACAAACACCCAAGAAACGAACAUCAGCUUCUCAGUCGAGGAUUUCCAGCCUCGGUUUCCAGUCGAACCGCUUCCUCAGUCCCGCAAGAGAACACGGAGCGGCGAUGCCUUCACACCGUCAGAAAGUACGGGUCGAGUUACCACUCGAGAAGUGUGGAGACUCGCCAGCACCCUAAAAGACAUUAUCCAUCACCAAACCAGUCUCAUCGAAUCCACCAACGCAGAGCUCUUAGAAAUCAAACUUGAUCAGAAUAUCCUCCAUGACCAAAACGAAAAGCUCCGCGACGAAAUCAAAACUCUGCGAAAGCAAUCCCAAACCCCGACACCGCCCGAGAAAGAACGGAAUUGCGUCCGAAUCAGCACCCAACGAUCACUAGUGGACCCAAGAGAUAACGACGAGAGCGAGGGCAACACCUUCGGGCGAUACCUCCCCACCGAUGCUGCCAACAACCACAUCCGAACGGCGCUGCUAAACGCACCAUCCACACAAUACGCACAGGUAGCUGGCAUUGGCACUACUAAAACAGGGUACUUAAUUCGCUUUAAAGACCCAGAAUCGGCUACAGCAGCUCGCAAUAAUAGUGAAUGGCUGAAAGAGCUAGGAAACAACACGAAGCUGGUUAAACCACGAUUCGGUAUUGUCGUAUACCGCACCCCGACAGCAGACUUUGACUUGGAGAAUGCGAGCGCUUAG